GCCACAUCGUCGAUCUCCCCCAACAUGUUGUUCAGGCUCCACACUUGACAGGGCACAGGGCAGGGCGCCAGGAGACGGGGAGAAUCUUUCGCCCUGAAAAAAGAGCAAAGUGUCAGCCCUUUCCCCCCGGUUCCUAGUUUUGGUACUACUACAGGCUCCCGCUGCAUCAUCCCCAACGAACCAGCAGAGCUCGCAAGCAACAAAAGAGAAGGACGAAGCAGGCGCAGCCGCCACACGGACACGCAGCAGAGCAUCGCCGCAGCGGUCCAGAGGCAUGGGGGCCGCCGCCGCCGCAAAGCACGCCUUGCAGGUUGUCGCGGCGGGAGGAGAUGCUGGGCAAUCGAGCUUCAGCGCCAACUCACCCCCCACCACCGGCGCCGGGUUCGUCGCCCUCGACGUCGGUGAGCUCUCGUCUCUGGCCGGCGACGCCGGCCCUCCGGGCACGCCCAUCGCGCCGCCCCGGACACCCAGGGUGGUGAGGUCGCUGUCGAGGAAGGGCGACAGGAAGCCGGCCGACGCCGACGCCAACGCCACCGCCGGUGGCGGUAGAGAGCGGCCGCAGCUGUUCGUACACGUGGCUGCCGGCGACCUCGGGGACGCGCCCGGCAGCGCCCGGCUGGUCGUCCACACGCCGCUGGCCGGCACGCCCGGAAGCAAGUCCCGGCGGUUCGGAAGGCGGGCGGCGCCGUGGCUCGAUCCCCGCAGGGUGGUCUUCCUCUUCGCCACGCUGUCCAGCGUGGGAACACUGAUCCUCCUCUACUUCACGCUAUCCAUGAGCAGGGCGGACUCCAGUAGCGGCGGCGGCGGCGGCAGCGGCGGCAGCGACGCCCGGUGAAACGCCAGCCGUCUAGAGCGAGGGGGCGUUUGGCCUGAUCUGAGAAUUUCCAGAUCUGCAAAGAUUUACAAGAACACCGUGGUCCAAGCAUAUAGAAGAAAAGGCUGUGGUGCUGCGGGCCUAUCUCAUGGAUGAAUAUAGAGCGAGCCAACGACAGCGAAGAAGUCGAGCCGGAUGUGGAUUUGAUGGAGAAGUUUGUGAUGGUAGACAUCGAGCCAAUUGUAUAUUUGGGACUCUAAACAUAGUGUUUCGCAAUAUUGUCAUCCAAAAGAUUUACUUCACAAAAAAGUGACUACAAAUAUGUUCUAAUUGAUUAUACUACCAUUUACUAUAUAAUCUUCUUUUUAUUA